AUGGUCGUAUAAGUAUUGAUAACAACCCUUGCUCUGGCCGACCCUCUACGGUUACUCAAGACAACACUAACGCGGCUAUUCUCGCAACUCUACUCGAUAAUUAUCACUGAUCGAGUUCCAAUUGGCAGUAGUGUAACCGAGGAUUACUACAAAACAUUCCUUGCCAAAAAAUUGCGACCAGAAAUCCGUAAAAAGCGACCAGGAAUGUUACAAAAUGAUGUGUCCAUAUUGCACGACAAUGCGCGGCCGCAUAUCGGAGCACCAGUCGUCGCUCUUUUGGAGAAAUAUGGAUGGGAACGCCUCAAACACCCACCGUAUUCGCCGGAUUUAAGUCCCCCGGACUUUGAUUUAUUUCCAAAACUGAAGGAACCACUUAGAGGNUUUUCCCAACUUAGAUAUACUAAAUGAAGAAGUGAGCCGAAGGAUCCGUGAACUCAACAAAGAUGGCGUCCUAUGCGGCAUUCAAGCGCUGCCGAAACGAUGGCAAUCGUGUAUAGACAAGCAGGGAGAUUAUAUCGAAGGUCUAUAA